GGAAACGUGAGAACGCGAAGAGCAGACAAAUGUCCUCGUUGUCUUGGACCGACCUUAGUGAACCUGAGCCAUGUGUGCGUCUGUCCACUGGUCCACAGCGGGAACACAAAACCUUCUACGAGUUCCGCACCUACUGUCUCCGCCCAGACCAGAACGCCUCCUUCCUGAAACUGACCAAUGAGAAGAUCCACCUGCGCACCUCCCACUCACAGCUGAUUGGGUACUGGAGUGUUGAGUAUGGAGGCUUGAACCAGGUUUUCCAUAUAUGGGAGUACGAGAGCUAUGCCCAGCGGGCGGCGGUGCGGGCGGCGCUUGCUCAGGACGACACAUGGAUCUCAGAAUACAUCUCCAAGGCCACGCCCAUGAUGACAAGUCAGGACAAUGAGGUCACCUACCUGGUUCCCUGGAGCAACCUGCAGAGGGCGCCACAGGAGAAUGGUAACCCCCGCCUCCUCAUGUCAGUAACACAGAGGACGGUAAGCCCCGCCUCCUCAUGUCAGUAACUCAGGAGGACGGUAAGCCCCGCCUCCUCAUGUCGCUAACACAGGAGGACGGUAAGCCCCGCCUCCUCAUGUCGGUAACACAGGAGGACUGUAAGCCCCGCCUCCUCAUGUCAGUAACACAGGAGGACGGUAAGCCCCACCUCCUCAUGUCGCUAACACAG